AUGUCUUCGCCACUUGUUUCCACGUCACAAGACUCUUACGACAGUGACGACUACACCCUUGACCAAGAACUCUCCCUCGACGAAGUCAAAUCUGCCGAGGAAGCAUUGGCGAUAAUCCAAGGCAGUGGAUUCUUUAACCAGUCUCUCUCCUCGUCGUUUAUUGUGCUUACCUCUGUGGAUCAUGAUAUUGCAAUCGAGCUUCUAAAACUUAUCGACGCAAAGUAUCCCCGUAUUCGGAAAGGAUUAUUCUACGAGAGAAAAGUUCUUACACUGAAAAUGCCAAAUUAUACCCACGAAGCCCCGCUUGCAUGGUUUGUCCACCAGCUAACCCGUUGGCAUAUUAACCAUCAACUUACUCCAGCUGAACAUCUUGACGUUAUGGUAACAGCAAGCCCGAGCGUUACUGCUACCAACCCGCCAUACAACGGUGAUCGAAAAGAACCGGAUACCUUCAUCUCGGUCUUCGGAACUCCUAACUUACAACAACCAAGGAUUGUGAUUGAGGUUGGCUUCUCCCAGACAUAUCGGAGCCUCGUUGAAGAUACGACACUUUGGUUAGAAGGAGUGGGCCCGAAUGUGCGCAAGGUUCUUCUCAUAAAGUUUUUACAGCGCAAACAAGGUGUUGCUGGCACAAUAGAACUCUGGGGGCGCAAUUCCACUGGCAAUGCAUACAUGAUCAGGAGUAACCGAAUUUUCCCGGUUCAUGGGGCGUUUGAACAGCCUAUUUAUCUCACUAAAGACGACCUUCUUGACGGCGCAAUGGCCUCAAGCUCCCAGGGCAGUGAUCGGCUCGAAUUUGACAUUGGUUCCCUCCGCCAGAUCAUAACGACGAUGGGUCUCGAUCUCGUUGGACUGACUCCUUUGCUAUGA